AUGACAGUUAACCACAUCAUUUUAUGUUCAGAUAAAAGAGGUAUAAUUAUUACAUACCCUUUAUUUCCUGAAGGUGAAUAUAACUAUAAUUCUAUUCCUCAUAUCUGUUUUAGUGAUUGUCCAGGAAACUAUAAUUAUUUCACUGUACCUUGUUUUUCCAUUAACCCACCACUCUAUGGAAUUGCAUGGUUUAAUAAAUAUAACUUCUCUCAGUACCUUCCAGGACCAGAAAAUCCAAAAGAAGAUGAACAGAUAGCAUUAUGCAUGAUCACUUCAUCUCCUUAUCUUCAUUUAUUUCUUCAACGAUUCAAACCAUUAGCUGAUUUAUAUUUCAUUCAAAAUUCAUUUAUUAACAACUCUUUAAUUCAAGCAAUUUUUAAAACAUUAAAUUGUUCAAUGAAUGAUCCAAUUUAUACAUUACCAGAUCCUUGUUCACUGAUUAAUGCUUGUGGUAAAAAUAUCUUAUUGUUGGUUAAAAUGUUGUUAUUAAAAUGUAGAAUUUGUGUAAAUAAUAAAGUGAGUUCUGACAUUAAUUCGGAAUGGAUUCUUGCUUUAUUAUCAUUCAUUCCAGGUGCCCUUUUUCCUGCAACGGAUACACUUAAAUCAAUUGGAUUUGUUACACAAACAAAACAAUCAAUAAUACAUUGCCCUCUUUCAGAAAUUGAGUUAAUAGAAAAUGUGGAAAUUUUUGGUGGAACACAUCCAAUUUUCAGAGAAAUGGCUGAAAUAGAUUGUGUUAUUACAGAAAAAGGAGUUAUUGUAAAUGGUAAAUAUAAAAAAAUACUUGAACAAACCAAAGCAGAUAAAGUCUUUACCCAACAAUUACUUAGUGCUUCUCGUUCUAUGAACUAUGAUUUAGCCAUUGAUUUAAUAUUACAAUAUAUUGUUGGACUGAUAUCUGUUGCUGUUAAAUCAAGAGGGAGAUGGAUUGAAUCACAAGACGUUAUGAAUUAUGGUUCUUCUUUUGUAGAAGAAUUCAAGAAAACUGAAUUCUUUAAAUCAUUACCAUCAAAUAUUCAAACAAAUGCAAUUCAUCCAGCAAAACUAUUAAAUUCAGUUAUUGAUUUUAGCUCAUAUAAAAAAUCAACAACAGUUAAGGUGAAUACUAUUAGUGGAACUGCAUUCCCAUUAUAUAAAAAAUAUUUAAAUUCAAAUCAAUCGUAA